AUGGGAACGGGAAUCGUUUCAAUUCUUCUUCAAAACCUUCCUUACAACGGCUCCUGGUUGUACUGGAUCUCGGUGGUUGUCUUUGCUUUCAAUGUCUUCCUCUUUAUCUUGUUCAGCGUCAUAUCGCUGGCCCGGUAUACCCUAUUUCGGGGUAUUUGGACAACAAUGCUGAAUCAUCCUACUCAAUCGCUGUUCCUUGGCACAUUUCCCAUGGGACUUGCAACAAUCAUCAACAUGAUUUGUUUCGUGUGCGUACCCGCGUGGGGCCCGUGGGCUGCCACUUUGGCAUGGGCACUCUGGUGGAUUGACGCCGUCAUUUCCCUCGCAAACAACAUGUAUUUGCCGUUUGUCAUAAUGUCUCGACAUUCAAAUCAACUCUCCGGCAUGACCGCCGCCUGGCUACUCCCCAUCGUUUCGACUAUUGUUGCCGCCGCUUCCGGUAGCAUCGUGGCAUCGGUAUUGGAAAAUCAGCAACAUGCGCUCUGGACCAUCAUCAUAAGCUACAUCCUCUGGGGAACUGGAGUACCUUUGGCAAUGAUGGUCCUGGUGAUGUACUUCCAUCGCUUGACGAUCCACAAGAUCCCACCCAAGGAAGUUAUCGUCUCUGUUUUUCUUCCACUGGGCCCACUGGGACAAGGCUCAUUCGGUAUCAUGCAACUCGGAAAGGAAGCAAUGAGGGUCUUUCCAAACACCAACAGUUUACCUGGAGAGGUUUCAGCAGGUCCAAUACUUUAUGUUUUUGGCUUUGUGAUUGGACUUAUCAUGUGGGGAUUCGGGCUUGUGUGGCUUUUCUUCGCACUGGCUUCUAUCACUCGCUCAAAAUUCCCCUUCAACAUGGGAUGGUGGGGCUUCACUUUCCCACUCGGUGUUUUCACGGUUGCAACCACCACCAUUGCCAAGGAGCUCCCUUCGUUGUUUUUCAAGGUGUUAGGAACGAUCUUCUCUGUGGUCGUCGUACUGCUCUGGAUUGUUGUUAGCAUCGGCACACUCACCCAAACCUGGAGACGCAAGAUAUUUGUUGCACCAUGUCUGAAGGAAUGGGAGAAGGGGGAGGCUGAACGCCGCGGGAAAAUUUCUCAAGGCUCUGGGGCCGAUUGA